AUGAAGCCCAAACCGACCUCGCACAAGGCUACCAACACCUACAAGUUUGAGUCAUUUCACGAGAGACUCGAGAAGAUAAACAUAUCGACAAUCAGUCAUCUGAAGCGUCGAUUUGAUGCCGACGAGGCCGAUGAUAAUCUACCAUUUUUUGCCCUUGCACUGGAGAAAUGGAGCGAUCUCAAUUGUACGCAAGACUACCAGGAUAUUCAGCAGCGCAUCGGCAGCAAUCUCAACUACCAGAACCUUAGACAGGUGCUUCACCGAAAGAAGCAGACUGCUGAAAUUCUGAUUGAUGGUUUAAAGGUGCCAGGAAGCAAAGCGCUGAAUGCCAUUCUCGAGUUGAUCGUUGCUCUUGCUCGUGAUAUUCUAGAUGAAUUCUAUGAACUGGAAAAAGGAGCUUACUUUGCCACCAUCUUGGAGCAGCUGGUCAGCCUAACAUGUCAGGCAACAGAAAUCGAGGACAUUGAGGGGCUCUUCGUCUGUCAGACCUUUCUCUUCAAGUACCUGCGAAAAUGGAUCAUUAGAGACAUUGCUAAACACUUUGUCCUUCUUAAACCGGCGCUGAAGUCAAAGAAAGAACAUGUGCUAAACUUUUCCAGCGAGGUUUUUGCCUUUCUGGUGAAAAAUGCCAAACAGCAGGCGGAUUUGAUUCAGCUUUUGUUCGACAAUUUAGCAGAAGACUCAGACCUUGAUCGUGCCGUCGGUCGCAUCCUUUUUGAAUCCGUCAAAGGCGUCAACCAGCAGUAUCACAGCAAAUUUUUGCUGGAAAAGACAGCCUCCAUUGGCAAAGCAAUCUCAACUGUAGUACUAAAGCAAACAGAAUGUUUCCAGACUUCAAGUUUCCUGAUCGGGCAACUUCUGUUUGAGGCCAUCGUUGCGCUUGCUCUGCUGAAGGAGGGAAAACAGCCCAUUGUGGAGAUUACUGCCGAGUGCAUUAUUCAGUUGUUCAAACAGUUUCCCAGCUCCACCGAGCUGCUUCAGUCACUGGACAUUUAUCUGUCGUACAACAGGAAGACUUCAGGGCAGAAGGCAUUGCCAGUUGAACUGCUUGCCGAAAUGUAUCCACUGCUGCAGUCCACCUUCAGUUCCCCUCUCCGACUGAACCGCAUUCUCGCACUGCACAUUGUCACCCUCUUUGAGCUGCCUCUACCUGCUGAAGCCAACGGAGAGUCGGUCUUUUCCAUCUGCCUUGAAGCCGAGCUCACCGAGCCUGAACUGGCUACCUAUCGAGAACGGCUGAGACAUGUACGGAAGCUGGAGUGCAAUCUGGUGGCCUGUCACAUUCCUCAUUCACUGGAGAACGUCGACUUUGACUUUGAAUCCGCUUCAGUAUACUACCUCCUUGGAUCGCUCUACGAAAAUCUAAGCCUCCUGUGGAAGCCUACCAUUGAAGUGCUGGCCACCUAUGCGCCACUGCAGUCUACUGCCAAAGAUAACAAACGACCGCUGUUGACGGUGCUCUUUGAACAUCUGAAGACGACUGAUGAGUUCAUUCGAUCAACGACGGCUACAGCAGAGUCGAGCCAUCCAGUGAAUGUCUAUGAACAGCUGUUUGACGUUAAAAGUAGAUCAAAACUAAUGAGCGGUCUUUCCAGCUCUCCGGAUCACUACAACCACCGAAUACUGCUGCUGAAUGCCUUUGAGAGCUUCUCCACUGCCGUUGAACCGCGGAAUCGUGAAUUUGUAGAUCGCUUCUUUGAGUUUGUGCAGCAGGAGAUGAAAUCACGCUUUGUCUACAUCUCCUCCUGUAGGGAGAACUUGAGGAGCAGAAGUGAGGAAGUGGAAAAUGAAGAGGAGAAUGAAGAGGAAGAGGGUGAGCAAGAAGAAGCUGUUGCUGUUGCCGACUCAAAGGGCGACCUAAAGUUCCAGUGGAAGACCUUUUUCGCCUAUCUUUCCGUUUUUGGGAAGUUUAAGAACCCCAAGGCACUGUACCGAGAAGUGGAGCUGACGGCAAUGUACAUGAACCUACUCGUUUCACCGAAUGGCGGCCUGCAGCGACAUGCCAUGAAGUGCCUCUUCACCUACGGCCACUCGUACAUCAACAAGUACCGGGAGCAGCUGCUGCGGCUGCUGGAGGAGAAGACCUUCAGCUCGGAGAUCUACCGCUUUGUCCAGCACGACACCGAGGAGGACAAUGUGAUCAGCGAGGACGACCGCCCCCUGCUGAUGCCCAUCUUUCUCCGUCUGCUCUACGGAAAGCUGCUCAGCAGUUCGGGAAACAAGGUGCACGGCAAGAACAAGGGUGAAUACCUCCGCUCGACCAUUCUCAAAGUCAUCUCUGGCUUCGACGAGUCCGAUCAGCUGGCCUUUAUGGAGCUCAUCUACGUCGCACUGAAGCCGCUCAUUGAGGCGGAGUACGGCGAGCUGCUGCCGACCAAGGUGGCCGCCUUUGUGGACGUGGGCGCCUUCUUCGUGCCCUUUCGCCAGUUCAACUCGCUGAUCUCCACGCUGGAGUGCCUGAUGAAGCACUUCGGCGGACGCAGUCUGUCGGUGAAGCGCCUCAUGCUGAAGGUGCUGGUGGUGUGCAGCGCAGUGGCCAAUCAACUGCUGGCGGCGCCCAAUCGGCUGCAGCUGAAGCCGUACCUGGUGGGUCAGCUGAAGGCGUACCGCACCAGCUGCUACAAGGUGGCGCAGCACUUCUUCCUCAACUUUGACCACUACCCCUUCACCGCAGAGGAGGUGGACGCUCUCUUUGCCGUGCUUGUCCAGCCCAUGGUGGGCAACCUGUCGACGGAGUCACUCGACUCGCCGACGCCCAUGCUCCGUCUGCUGGGCACCUGGAGUGAGAAUGCCCGCUACUACGUCCUGCUGGCCAAGCAGGUGGACGGCACCUCUUCCCUGACGCCGCUGCUUUCCAUUCUUCAGCUGUACUCACACCCGAAAGUGUCCGCCAGUACGGUGGCCUUCAUCAGCGGCAUCAUCGAGAACCUGCUCACGCUGGACGGGGAGAAGGUGGCGGCCAAAGAGGCCACCGUCGGACCGGCCAUUGAGGUGAACAACUUUGGAAGGCAGCUGGCGGAGGUUGAGCUCGCGAAGGAGGAGGCCACCGUCAGCUUCGGCGCACGUCUGCUCAUACCGCACCUGAAGACGAUCCUCGACCGAAUCUACGCCAACUACGCGGGAAAGAUUGCCAACAACUCCAAGUUUGAGUUCACCCUCCAGGAGGUGAACAUACUCGCACGACUGAGCUUCUUCGUGAAGGACGCCACCGACUCGGCCUCCUUCUCCACACUGCUGCUCUACUCCAUCUCGCAGGUUCGUCGCCCGGAGGAGGACAAGGAGGUGUUCACGUUGAAGACGCUCAAUCACCUGGCGAAGAACUUGAACGACGAGAAGGACAUUCGGCGGAUGCUUCACCUGAGCUUUCCGCUCUUUCAACUGAUCAGUCGGCCGCUGUCUCGCCGCGAGCUGUGCACCUUUGUGGGCACACUGUGCAUGAAGAACAGCCAAUUAAAGCCGAUGCUGGCGCUGAUCACGGAGAUCAACUCGUACGACGUUCGCCAGCCAGAGGAGCCCGACUACAACCGGCGGAUUGGCGGCUUUAAGGCGAUACUGCAGCUGCUGGAGAACGACUUUGACCAGAGCAACCUCCACCACAUGGACUUUGUGCACCUGCUGCUGGAGAACUGCGCCUUCAUGCUGAACACCUACGAUGACCUCAGUCUGCGGGACCUCUCCUCCACCGUCCUGGUGAAGGUGUGCCACCUGCUGGCGAACUGCAGUCAGGCGCUCUUUGAUCGCUACGUCAUGGGCAUCAUCUUCUACCGACUGAUCAGCGGCGGCCUCCGCCAGCCGAAGGAGUCCACCCGACACGAGUACAUUGGCGUUCUCGUGGAGGCGGCGCGAAUCUUCAGCGACCGCCAUGAGGUGGUCAGGCAGCUGCGGUCGCUCUCCGCCGAGGAGGCCAAGAACGAGGAGCUCGACUUUUGGCUGAACAUCAAGCACAUUCAGCUGCACCGACGGGCGAGGGCCCUGAACCGACUGGCGGCGGAUGCUGAGUUGCUGGGGUCGCUCUCCAGCCGAGUCUUCACCAGCUUUCUCAUUCCACUGGCGAACAGCUUCAUCGUCGAGCCGACGCACUACGCAAAGAAUGUGGCCCUCUUUGGGGCGGCCGUCGAGUCACUGGCCUCCUUUCUGCAGCACUGCUCCUGGUCAAAGUACGACAGUACGCUCUCCUCGUACAUCCACCGCCUGCUGAGCAAUAAGCUGGAGCCGAAGAUUGCCAUUCGCAUCAUCUCGGCGAUGCUGGCCAAGUUUAGCUUCCUCAAACCGGCUGAGGUGGAGCAGAUUGAAAAGGACCUGAAGGCGGACGAUCUGAAAAAUAUGUCUCUCGAGUACAGUGUCGCCUGGAAGAAGUCCAAAGGAGGAAAGGGAAAGAAUGAAAAGGGUGGCAAGUUUGGAAAAGGGAAGAAAAAGGGCGCGGAUAAAAAGUUUGCUGCUGAUGAAGUGACGAAGCAGACGACGAAAGAGAUUGUUGAUGAAGCUCAGAAAGCAGAUGAGUCGAUUAUUGAAGAGGCGGUUGAGAAGGAAGAGCCUGCUGAGGACAUGGAAGAAGGGGAAGAUGGUACUGAGGAGGAGCAGUCUGGCGAUCGUCUGGCGCAGGCUCGCAAAAUCUACCAGUCCCUCUGUCGGAAGCUGCUGCCCCUGCUGCAUCGAUGUCUCCACCAGCGGGCGCAGAUUGAGUACGCCAACGAUGCGAGGGACUUCAAGGACGAGGAGUUUGUCGAGGACAAGGAGAUUCAGCGCAUUCCCAUUGCGCUGGCCAUCGUCAAGCUGCUCUCACACGUGCGCAUCAAUGAGCAGCUCUUCAACGCCAAUGUGACGAGCAUCUUCCUCCGACUGUGUCAGUUUCUGCAGUCCCGAGCGACGAGCAUUCGCGAGGCCUCGCGGAGCACUCUGGUCCAGGUGAUGCAGACGCUGGGACCGAAGUACUUUGGGGAAAUCUUCUAUGAGAUGCGGUCGCUGCUCACCCGCGGCUACCAGAAGCACAUCUUCAUCUUCACGGUGUACGCCCUGCUGAACAGCCUCCGUGACCAGCUGAAGUACGGCGACCUGGACCGGGUGCUGGGCGACGUCAUCUCACUGUGCCACCAGGAGAUGUUUGGCGCCCUCGCCGAGGAGAAGGAGGUGACGCACAUUACCACCAAGACAAAGGAGGCGAAGAAGCUGAAGAGCUACGAUAUUUACGAAAUUCUGGCGCAGUUUGUCUCGCAGGCGGCCCUCACCGGACUGCUGACACCGCUGAAGGAGGUGCUGACGUCGACGGGCAGUCACACGGUGGUGAAGAAGACGGAGACGGCUUUUGAGAAGAUCUGCCGUGGUCUGGUGGGUAAUCGCAGCCUCACAGUGCAAUCACUGGUGCCCGUUCUCCUGCAAAUUAUGGCCACCGCGGAGGCGGCUGUCGUUGGAGCUUCGACUGCUGCUGAUGCCUCUGCCUCUGCCGCCGAUGAGAGCGGCAAAAUUCAACGCCUUGCAGAGAAGCUGCCCAGCAAGGUGGACAGCUACCUGAUACCGGCAAAGUCACUGCGACGAGUCCACCAAACGGCCAGGUUGAACCGUUCCUCUAAUCUGCACGUGAUGGCCGACUUUGCGCUGACCACCGUCCUUCACCUGAUCAAGCAGAACCGACUGGUGACGGUGGAGGAGAGCCACCGGGCGAUGCUCGAGCCGAUGGUCGACCAGUUGGCCACCUUUCUCCACUCGAAGGACACCAAGGUGAUCACCAGCUCGAUGAAGGUACUGCACAGUCUCCUGGUCAAGUUUCCUGAUCUGCAAAGCUUCAGGGCCACCACGCAGACGAUCAUCUCGCAGAUCUUUGUGCUGCUGCGCAAGUACUCCGGUCUGGCGGCGAACGAGGGCAGUCAACUGGUGACGCUGUGCUUCAAGACCAUUGCCCACUUUGCCAACAACCGAGCGGACUGUAAGCUGAACGACGAUGAGCUGGCCGUCCUCCUUUCCUACGCGGAGAGCGACAUUGAGAGCAACAGUCAGAAUGCGACCAUCUACCUGCUGCUGAAGGCGAUCAUCAGGCGGAAGUUCGCCUCGAAGGAGCUGCACCGCCUCAUGGAGCGCCUGCUCGUGCUGGCCAUCACCACGGAGAUUGACCACGUGCGGUCGCACGCGGUGGAGCUGACGAUCAAGUACCUGACGGAGUAUCCCAUUGACGGGAACCGCUUCAAGGGCAAGAUGGUGAAGCUGGUCCGCCAGCUGGAGUUCAGCAAUCUCAGCGGCCGACUGGCGGCCAUCACCAUCCUCAAAAGCGUCAUUGGCAUGCUCGACGCGAAGACGCUCUCGCCCCUCAAGGUGACGCUCUUUGUGCCCAUCGCCUCGCGCAUCGUCAACGAGGAGUCCACCGAGUGUAAGCGGCUCAUCUCCGCCACGGUGCUCACCAUUCUGGGCAAGCUGGAGCUGGCCGAUCGUGAUAACCUCUUUGAGAC